CAGCCGCACCGCGCCGCACCGCGCCGCACUGCGCCGCACCGCGCGCUUCUCAGCGUCCGUGGGCUUCCCUGCACUCGCCCCUGUGCGCGCGUGUGCGUGUGUCACUCUGUGUGUCUGUGUGAGUGUGUGUGUGUCACUUGCGACCCGCGUCUCGUGCGUGUCCGUGUGUGUGUCCUGGUCAUUCCCCAUGUGUCCGCACGGUGCCGGCGUGGGCCCGUGGAUGCUGUUCCCCGCCGCACGCCGAGGCCCCCGCGGCCCCCGAGGCCCCAGCGGCCCCAGCCACGAAAAGCAGCGUACAUAAGGAACCGUUCUGGAACACCGGAAGUGCGUGUGCGUCAGCUGUGUCAGUGCCGCGGUCGCGAGUGAUUAUCAACAGCAGUGGAGUGCAUUGUGUAGUGAGUGAAAAAUAAUAAGGAGAGGAAAGAGGAAAGAGUGAACGCUUCUCUCUCGAGGGGAAGAAAGUGAUUUUGUAAACAAGUGCAUCGUUGUGAACGUUCGGCUUCCACCAUGGAUAUACUGCCGAGUCUCAACAUUUUCCGCGAGCUGCAGGACAUCCACGACACUGGAUACUUCUCGGCGCAGCCGUCGCUCGAGGAACAUUGGCAACAGACGUGCUACGAGAUGGAGAAGUGGCUCAAGGACGAGCCCAAGCACCACCAGGUGAAGAAGGAGAAGGAGGCGGCCGCCGCCGACGCCACCUGGUCCAUCCUGGGCAUCGGGGCGGGGCCCCUCAACCUGGACAACCUGCACCUGGACGCCAUCAGCACGGCGUCGUCGGCGUGCUCGUGGGAGAGCGCCGUGUCCUGCCAGGUGCGGGUGGUGAAGAAGGAGCCGGUCGAGGAGAUCGAAGAGGGCGAGGACGACGACGAUGACGAAGACGACGACGAGCCCGAGGACGUCGAGGACGAGGAUGAGGACGACGACGAGGAGGUGGACGACGACGAAGACGACGAGGACGACUUCGACGACGACCUCAUGUACGACCAGCGGGAGCAGCUGGAGCUGCGGCUGGUGGCGCGGACGGCGGUUGCGGGGCGGGCGGGCGGCCAGGGCGGCCUCCCUACGCUGACGCCGCCGUCGAGCCCCGAGUCGGGCCAGGGCCACCACAGCGACUCGAGCACGGGCAGCAGCUCGUCCACCUCCGUCAAGCGGGAAGGCCUGCUGAGGGUGGCGGGCCCCAACGUGGGCCGCCGGCACCUCGGCGUGGCGGCCCGGCUCAUCACCACGUACCACCACCACCACCACCAGUACCACCACAUCCACUCGGCCUCGGACGAGUCCCUGUCCGAGGCCGUCACCACCACCCGGCUGCUGGGCUCCGCCAGGCACGCCGAGUCGGCCAAGCGCCGCAUCCACAAGUGCGCCUUCCCCGGCUGCAAGAAGGUGUACACCAAGAGCUCGCACCUCAAGGCGCACCAACGGACGCACACAGGAGAGAAGCCGUACCGGUGCUCCUGGGACGGGUGCGAGUGGCGGUUCGCGCGGUCGGACGAGUUGACCCGCCACUACCGCAAGCACACGGGCGCCAAGCCGUUCAAGUGCGCGCAGUGCGAGCGCUGCUUCUCCCGCUCGGACCACCUGGCCCUGCACAUGAAGCGGCACGCGUGAGGUGGAGUGCUGCUUUCAGAGGAAAACAAAAAAAUUAUAAAAAAUGAAUCGUACAAAAACCUGUGAUAUAAACAAACGGUACCCUGUGGCCGCGGUGGCCGUGCGGUGGGACUGCUGCGAGUGAUGCUGGUAACUAUGGAGGCUGCUUGUGAUCGUUUCCUACUGGAGUACAAUAGUUUUUAAGUUUUAGUGGAAUACUCGUUCAGUGCUUCACCCGGCAGGGCGCGCUUCCAAAGAGUGCCUGCGCGGGGCACUCUUCCUUGGUUACUGGUUUGUCAGACAAAUGCCUAGGCCAGUCAUGUAGAUUGUUUAUUUUAUCUCAUGCCCUUCUUCCUGGUGGUUAUGCUUGUAUGCGUCGAACCGUCGUGGCAUGUUUUGUUCGUCUUUCUAGUAAAUUUUCCCUUCUCUUACCUGUUUGAUUCCCUGAACCUUCGGGUUCGAAACGUUGGAGUUGCCGACGCUCCGUUAACUUUUAUCGUCUUACGUGGCAUUUUCUCUGUUUUACUCUACUUGGUGUGACGUAUAGCUAAUUUUUAGAAAAUCGAUUUUGUCUCUGAAAACCUGUUAAAUUUGUAAACCAUUUCUAAGUCAUUUCAGUAAUUGCUAGGGAAUUUCGUUAUCUUUGCGCGCUCAUUGCAGCUUUACUGAGCCAGUGAGAGGAGCGAUUGUUUUUUCGGAUCAGUAGUUAUGUCAGGUUGUGAGUGGCGAUCCGUUGAAAACCAAGUAGUGUUUAAAGUGUUAGCUUUUAAUAUCACUCCAGUGGGCAUGCAACGCGCUCCAUUUAUCUGCCGAGUGAUAAUGGUUACCAGUAAUUUUAAUGUAAUGUAUUAUAAGUUUGAGCGAUUUUGAGCAUUCAGGACCAGAAUGUGGCAAUCAGCCCAGGCUAAGGAACUACGUACAAGGCAUAUGAGGUGAUAUUCGUCAUUUUAAUAUAUUCUUUACUUUUCAGAGUGUAUUGAACCCUAUAACCAAAAGGUACAUAUAGCGGUGAAGCAUCUCUCGUGAUUAUAGGUACCUUUAAAGCCAUGUGCAUCAGAUCUUAAAGAGAAUAUAUCAUCGUGAUGGACUAAGUAUACUAUCACCUCGUAUGUCAAGCUUUGUUGUUAAGAUGAGAUUUGAACUAAAUUCAAGUGAAUUGAUUUAAAAGCCAAAAACACGUGAACACUGCCAAGUUGUUUGUUUAUAAUUUACUUUGUUGAUAUUAAUUAUUGUAUGGAGGCUUUACUUGUACCUGUCCGGAAUAUACCAAAACGCCGGUUCGAACGCAUGGCCUCAAUUCUCAAUCUUGCGUUUGUGCGUUUUGCAACCUUACUCUCCAGGACAGGAAUUUGGGACCAGUUCAAUCAGUUUUCAUCGUCAGUUCUGAAUUGCUAAUAAGCAACUGUCAUUCUUUAGACCUCUCUUUAUCCUUGCAAAAGAGAUAAUUGUACAAUUCCAAUCCACAUUGUCCACGCCUGUUAUGCUGUCAGUGCAACACUUCCGACUUUCAGUUCCUACGUGUUUUUCGUGUGCCAUACAUGUUCUCCAUCUCAUCGUUUGUGAUUCCAAAGGUAAAAUUUAAUGCCACAAGCUUUUUUUCGCGUGUAAUAUGGCUGACAUUAAGUUUGAAUCCGCUUAUAGUUUUAUUUUAAAAAAAGCAAUCGUUUGAGCUGUUUUGUUUAAUUUUAUGUUAUUUGCAAAGAAUUUAUUUGCGGGAGGGGGCGGGGGGCAGUGAGUGGUUUCGUCUGCUCCAUGGGCGGUCGAGGUCCAGUAAGUUGAUUGACUUUUCUGAAACUCUAAAGUGUAGGGUGGCCGUUUUGUCGUAAGUGCGCUGUCCCGGGGAUGAAACCGAUGGUGCCCUCGAGGGUGGCACACUGGCUGGCACGCUGGCAGCCUUGGUUGUCGGCCUGUAUCCGGGACAGCUUGGUUACGAAGAAGCGCGGGGUUCGCACGCCACUCUACAUUGUUUAAAUUUUUUCUUUAUGAACUUUCUACUACCUGCUAGUGCAAUGCCUCUUUGGGUAAUAUCGGGAGGAUUUGCAGUGUAUAAAAAUGAAUGUAUCUUCCAUUCAAGACCGGUGGCCAAAGUUAAUAUCUACGCACGGGUGCACUUGCUAGCUCAGAAAUUUAAUUUGUUGAAUAUUUUUAAAACUUUAUGCUUAGUCGUGAGAUCUCAGCUAUGAAAAGCUAGGGCAUUCUUCUGUUAUUUUUGUGUUUCGUUUUUGCAAAUAUUCUAUCUUUUCGUUAAUUAUGAAAUGGAAGCUAUAUAUGCACUAAGUAAAUUAAAUUAUAUCGUUAAGUUAAAUUGCAAAUUGUUUAUAGAUUAUUGUUUAACGCAAAUCGAAUUCCAGCUUUGGGUUCCUGAUCAACUAUUGUGUCAUAAAUAAUUUCAUUAGGAGUAUAUAGGGUGUUUCCCACUACCUGUGAUCAACGUUUUAAAGUAAAUUUCGGAAACACCCUUUUUAUGUGGUAAUUGUAAGUUGAUUAUGUAAAGAAACCGUGGCAAUGAUGAACAUGUUGUGAUCUAGAAAAUUGCAUUCAUAUGAAAUCUGUGUUUGGCGUCUUCUUAGUCACAUUAAGAAGUAAUACAUAUGGCAUAGGUUGCUUUAUCGUAAAUGUUCUGGACGUUUCUACUCAGUGCCGACUCUUUGUCGCGUGAACCAUAAACCUCCGUGUUACUUGAUUUUACUCAGUAGACUAUUCAUGAAUUGUGGAGCAAUUUGAUGACCAGUUUACUUUUAAAGUAAAUAUGCAAACUUUGAAACCAUGACUUCUGUUCAGUAGACUUUUGUCUGAUAACCUGAGAUACCCACUAUACAUUUGUGUUCCAUUCCUUCAUUCAGUUCAGACUGUUUCUCAUCAGUAAAAUUUGUCAUAUUGAUCAGUUUUCUUCCAGUCAUUCCUCAUUCAUGUUGUGCCUUUCAUCGUUUGUUAUGGAUGCAUGUAUCAGUGUAAGUCAAAAUGUUCAAUGUGAAGAUUUGUUAAUUUAAAAAUAAGUAGAUUUUGUAUUUCUAGCGUUUUGUACAGGUGGACUUUGUACUGUAUAAGUUUUGAAAUAUAGUUAAGAGAAAUCUAUCAUCCUUAAUUUAGGUGUAUAUUUUGUGUAUGACGCAGAAAGUGAAUAAAAAAUGUCGAAAUAUUUUUAAAAACUCGAGAAAACAAGUUUAUGAGUCUGAAGAAAGAAAACCUGUACAAAUGAUGAUCGUUGGUAUAAAAGUCAAAUGCUUCGUGUCAUUUUUUGUAUAACAAAUAUUUAGCUGUUAUCUGAUCAAUAAAAAUAUUGAACAACUAA